GGACGAAGCCCGGAAAUCCACGACCUUCCACUGGCAACCCUUCCCACGAACGGCCGGAGAGGAAGCCAGCAUGAACUGGACUAACUCACAGCGAUCGCAUUGGUGAGAGGCUUCUGGGGCAUUGCGCCGAGCUGGCGUACUAACCACCACGAAGCGCCCUCCCCCACCCCCCGACUGUUUGGAUCAAAUUUUUGGUUUCCCUGCAAACGGACUUAAACGAACCAGUUUCAGCAAGAUUUCUGUUCAUCACCUGGGAAAAGACUAAAGUUCUGAAUUAAAUAUGGAGGAGCGAAAGCCUCUGUUGACAGAUGUCUUGGAUGAACAUGACAGUUAUUCAAUUCAAUACAGCAGUAUUAACAGCAGCGUGUCAGAGGAGAGAAGUGUCCCGGUACGCUCACUGGAAGUUAAAGUGUACAAAAGAAGGUUCUACAUACUCUUCAUGUUUUCCAUGUCCACCUUGGCUCAAGCCGCCGUAUGGAACACAUGGGGACCAGUGUCCCAGUCAGCCAAGCAAGUGUUUGGAUGGACUGACGGGGACAUUGCCUUGUUAGCGAAUUGGGGACCCAUUUCUUUCAUCAUUUCUCUCUACCCGUUUUCAUGGAUCAUGGAUGUAAAAGGAUUACGCUGGGCGCUUAUCAGCUGCAGCUUUGUGGUGGCAGCCGGGGCGGCGCUCAGGUGUAUAACAUUCCAGCAACCUUAUGCCACCUGGUUGAUUCACGGAGGCCAGUUUCUUAAUGGCCUCGGAGGCCCUGUUGCCAUGGCAGCAUGUACGGUUGUAUCGUCGACAUGGUUUCCACCGAACCAGCGAACUACAUCAACGAGUAUUGGCAACCUGCUCAAUGCUGUUGGUGUGGCAGUCUCUUUUAUAAUAGGUCCACUUCUGGUGCCACAGCAUUCUCCAUGUACACCUUCCAACAGCAGUGACCUGAACAUAAGCGAAUCGUUGAAAGCUGAGACAGACAGUGGGGACUGUUUCAACGCAUCCGACAAUACGGCAAACUUCCAGGAGAUGAGGGAUGGCAUAAUAAAGUUACAGUACAUCGAGUGCGGGUUUUGCGUGGCUGUAUUCUUGGGAAUACUUUUGUACUUUCCGGCCAAGCCUCCAUUACCACCAAGUACGACGGCCUCGGUAAAGAGAGUGGACUUCAAGACGGGUACUUUGGCAUUGUUAUGUCACAUCCAAUUUUGGGUAAUCUCGUCCAUCUACGGCGUGUGUUUGGGAACGAUUAACUGCUGGAUGUCUGUACUUGAUGUAGUCCUUAAUCCACUGGGCAUUUCUCAGGAAACAGCAGGCUGGAUGGGAUUCUACUCUAUUAUUGGUGGAACAAUAGCUGGGUUCAUAGUCGCCAUGGUUGCUGACAUAUUUUCUAAGCGGAUGAAGUUGAUUCUGGUGGCACUGUACUUAAUGGCGGGAGUUAAUUUUCUCUGGCUGGCACUUAUCUCGGGGCAAUACAUUCCCUCCAACAGCAUGCACGUGUGGAUCUCCGUGAUCGCUGGCAACACUUUAAUCACCGCGGGAGUGCCUCUGAUAUACGAGCUGGCAUGUGAAAUAACAUUCCCAAUAUCAGAGAGCGUCACAACAAGUGCCCUGGCAAUGUACAAUAACGUGGCUGGUCUCAUAUUCCUACUGGUGAUGAUGAUUCCAAAUAUCAAUGUGAGCUGGACAAACUGGUGUGUGUUGGGGACGGUUUUGUUUUGUGUCCCGUUGUUAUUGCUGCUGAGGGACAGAUACAAACGACUAGAUAUGGAUUUAGAGGUGAAAGCCGAAGACAAAGCGCCCCCUGGUGUUAGUGGAUCAAUUACGUCCGUACCAGGAACACCGUCCAUCGUGUAUACAUGAUGUUGCCAUAGACUAUUUAUAAAUGAGAUUUAAUAAA